AUGAAGGACGACAAGAACGUACUGGGGAAAGCUUGGCUCAAAUUUUCGCAACACGGAAAUACCGUGAAACAUAUGUCGAUGGAUUACUUUACCGAUAAUGUUAAAUCGCAAUCAGCUAUAUACGAUCCAGUAAUAUACUCGAUUGUAGCAUACUCCUGCAGUACAGCGAGCGUGACGGGCCAAUCACCACCAGACACAACGCAGCCAAAAAAAAAUAAAGAACGUAGUACAUUAUACCAGUUACUGCAAUAA